AUAGUAACGCAUCAUCUAUACCAUGGUAAAAAUAAGGAGUUCAUGUAAGAUCUGUACCGUUUUUUUAGCUUCGAAUUUUACAUUCACUUUUGACUUGAUUGUAGAACCCAGAGUACUUUCUAGAUAAAAAUUCGAGGUGAGGUGAGGUGAGGUGAGGCGAGGCUCUACUUUGUUUCGAUAAAGCCGAGACCCUUCAAGGAAGCCUAAACCCCUCAAAAAUUUUGGUAAACAGUAAGAAGCAACAGCUUUGAGGCACUGUUCGAUUCCUCGAUCGGUUUUAACGCCCCUUCUCCAAACUAACAAAAAUUAACCGACAAGAUUUAGUAACAUAUCAUAUAUUUGUACAGAAAGAAGGGGGGCUUUUCCUCGUUCAAUCUCUUCCCAUUUCAAGUGUUGAACUCACUCACUCUCUCAGGAUCAUGGCUGUCUAUUCUUCCAAUCUUUCCUUCAAUGGCGUCCACUUCUGCAGAGGCGAUUCUCACAGUUUCUUGUUAAACAAUUUCUCAGCCUCUGCUUCUUUUCCUGCAAAGAAUUCGACGGGAUCGUGCUUUUCCUCUUGUUUUUCGCUGAUUUCUCGAGAGACACCUGCAUUUCUUCUUCCACAGAGAACAAAAGGCUAUGCAAGAGCUGUUGCAAAAGUAACUGAUGUUCUUGAGUCAAAGGAUUCAUCACUGGUUGUUUCCUUUGGAGAAUUGCUUAUUGAUUUUGUCCCAACUAUCAAUGGACUUUCACUGGCUGAAGCACCUGCGUUUAAGAAGGCUCCUGGAGGAGCACCUGCCAAUGUUGCAGUUGGCAUUGCCAGACUUGGUGGUUCAUCUGCUUUUAUUGGGAAGGUUGGUGAUGAUGAGUUUGGCUAUAUGCUUGCUGAUAUUCUGAAGCAAAACAAAGUUAACAACAAGGGUUUGCGUUUUGAUCCUGGUGCUCGCACUGCACUAGCAUUUGUUACAUUGAGAAGCGAUGGUGAACGUGAGUUCAUGUUCUAUCGUAAUCCUAGUGCUGAUAUGCUUCUAGAGGAAUCAGAGCUUGAUCUAGAUAUCAUUACACAGGCCAGAAUCCUGCAUUAUGGUUCUAUCAGUUUGAUAUCAGAACCAUCCAAGUCCGCACAUAUUGCUGCUAUAAAAGCUGCAAAAAAUGCUGGAGCACUUCUUUCAUAUGAUCCAAAUCUUAGACUUCCAUUAUGGCCAUCUGCUGAGAGUGCCAGAGAGGGAAUAUUCAGCAUAUGGGACACUGCAGAUAUAAUCAAGACCAGUGAAGAAGAGAUUGCAUUUUUGACCGAUGGACAAGAUCCCUAUGAUGAUUCUAUGGUUCGGAAAUUGUUCUGUCCAAAUCACAAAUUGCUUCUUGUAACUGAAGGGCCAAAUGGAUGUAGAUAUUUCACUAAGGAAUUCAGUGGGAGGGUUAAUGGAUUGAGUGUGGAAGCUAUCGACACCACAGGGGCAGGAGAUGCCUUUGUUGCUGGGAUUUUGUCACAGUUGGCUACUGAUAUUUCCAUUCUCAAGGAGGAAGACAAAUUAAGAGAAGCUCUAAAAUUUGCAAAUGCUUGUGGAGCUAUAACAGUCACGGAGAGAGGAGCUAUUCCUGCUUUACCUACACGACAGGCGGUGCUCGAUAAAUUGACACAAUAUGAUUAGAUAUUCUUACCUUGAUUCUGUAAUAAUAUCAGUCUCCAAUUUCUCGUAAUUUUGCAUCCUGAACAACAAAAAUGGAACAUUAGACGUGCUUCAUUUGGAUAUUUUUGUUAACAGGUAUCAAAUGGUUUAUAAUCCUAAUAGGCUUUCCUGGUA